CCCCCCACCACACAGAGUCUACCUAAACACGUACUCCAAAGCAUCCAAAGUCGAUCAUUAUCAUUCAGUAUCCAACGCCUUUCAAGUUGUCAAAAUUUUCAACCACAACAAGAACAAGAGAAAUUCGAAAACAGAGCACAAGAUAGAAAAACAAAGAAUAUCUGAAAAUGGAAGUUCGUUCGAGAAGACAAAGAGAAACCAGCCCAGAUAGAGCCAAAGUUUGCAUGAGACCCACAGUCAAACCCAUCAAGAAAGUCCAAGUUGUUUACUAUCUUUCAAGAAAUGGCCAUCUUGAGCAUCCUCAUUACAUGGAGGUCACCCAUUUGCCCAAUCAACCUCUUCGUUUAAGAGAUGUAAUGGACCGGCUAACGACUCUCAGAGGCAAAGGCAUGCCAGCACUGUACUCUUGGUCUUGCAAAAGAAGCUACAAAAAUGGCUAUGUGUGGAAUGACUUAGCUGAGAACGAUGUAAUAUAUCCAGCGGAAGGAUUAGAGUAUGUGCUUAAAGGAUCAGAACUCGUUGAAGGCUGUUCUGAGAGAUUGCAACAGCUUCAAUUAGGCAACAGACAACAAGUUCAGGACCACCUAAAUUUCCAAUCAAGACAGAAAGCUCUGGCUCCGAGCCGACAGAGAGAAAACGAAGAAGCUGCAGAGAACACCAAGUACGAAGACCAAGCUGAUUAUGAUGAAGAAGAGGAAGAGUACGAAGACGAAGAGAAAACAAGCUAUACCAGUUCAACCACACCUCACUCUCGCUGCUCCAGAGGGGUUUCCACAGAUGAACUCGAAGAAGACAAUGCUCCAACUCAGAAAAACCCCUCCGAGUCCACUCUGAGUGGUAUGCAUUCGUCAUCAAUCAUGGUCUGCAACAAGUCGAAACAGAACAAUAAUGUCUCUAAACGGUUCGAAGAUGGAGACCCAGUUGAGAUAUCCGAGUCGGCACCAAGCCGGAACUCGGUGCUUCUCCAACUGAUUGCAUGUGGUAGUUCAGCAGUGGCAAAAGCAACGAAGAACUCGGCGUGUGUGAAGCAACCGGUGUAUAACGGCAGCAGCAGCAGUAGUAAUAAUUGCAGGGCAGUGAAAAGGAGUAGCAGUGAGAGUUUUCAUAGAGGCGUUGUGUGCAGGAGAGCAAUGAAGGUUGCAGAAGAGGAGGAAAUGAUAAACUACAUGUCGGAGAAUCCAAGGUUUGGGAAUCUACAGGCAGAGGAAAAGGAGUACUUCAGUGGGAGUAUUUUGGAGUCCAUGAAAGAGGAUAGAGUUGCAGAACAACCUGUGCUCAAGAAGUCCAACUCAUACAAUGAAGAAAGGAGCACUAAAGCUAGGCUUGGAGAAGAAACAGUGGAGGAAGAGGAAAAGAAAGAGAAGGCAGCAUUGAGAGGAAAAUGCAUGCCUCGAAAGAAAUUCUCUGGUUCGUCCAAACAGCCCAAGAAAUGAUGUAUGAUAUUAAUGAACCAUAAAAAUUUGAUGGGGUUGGUGAAUCUUGUAAUUAUAAAGUAGUAGGUUAAGAGAGGUUUAGGCUAUAAUUUGAGCUUGGAAGGACUUUGAAAAGUGGGAAAGUAAAAUGGUAAAGAGAAGGGUAAAAUCUUGAAGGUGAUUCCUUGUGUCCAGUGGUUUGGUUGCAGAACAUCAUACACUCAACUGUUUGUCUUCGAGUACUUUAAUGAGAUGCUGAUAUUGUCAUUAUUAAACAUUUAUUAACAUCAGAUUGUUGAUCACAUGCAAUCCAACCUUUUUUAUCUUCUGUAACUUGCAUUAAGUCAAACACUAUAAUAUUAUAGAAAUUUAUUUGUAUUA